CGCCCGGCCCCGCCCCGCGACAGCUGAGGGUGUAGCCGCUGGGCGCCCCCGGGCUUCCCGGCACCCGAGACCCCGGGCCGCCCCCGACGUGCGCGGACGGAGCCCCAGGCUUCCCCCGCUAAGAUAAGAGGCAGGCAGACGGCUCAAAGGCCAGAGCAGUCGUCUGUGCUCGGACACGUCGUACCGACGCUUAGCAGGUGGAACCCUGGCUGGCAGGACCAGAAUGGCCACAACAUCCCCUAGUGGUUGCCGCUCAAACCUGGAUGCCAGGUACCACAGACUUUGUGAUACCACUAAAAUUUGGGGCAUCGUCCUAGAAGCAGUGGCUGCAGUUGGGGCUGUGACCUCGAUGGCCUUCAUGUUUGCUCUUCUGAUCCUCAUCUGCAAGGUGCAAGACUCCAACAGGCGAAAAGUGCUCCCGACCCAGUUUCUCUUCCUCCUGGGUGUUCUGGGGAUCUUUGGCCUUACAUUCGCUUUCAUCAUCCAACUUGAUGGCAGCACAGGGCCCACCCGCUUCUUCCUCUUUGGUGUCCUCUUCUCCCUCUGCUUCUCCUGCCUCCUGGCUCAUGCUUUCAAUCUAACAAAGCUGGUGCAUGGAAGGAAGCCCCUAUCCUUGAUGGUGAUGCUGAGCCUGGCCGUGGGCCUCAGCUUGGUGCAGGACAUCAUUGCUGCAGAGUACAUCAUCCUCACCAUGAAUAGGACCAAUGUUGCCAUCUUUUCCGAGCUUUCUGCCCCUCGGCGGAAUGAAGAUUUUGUCAUGUUGCUCAUCUAUGUCCUCUCCUUGAUGGCACUGACCUUCCUCAUGUCCUGCUUCAUCUUCUGUGGAUCUUUCAUUGGCUGGAAGAGACAUGGCACCCACAUCUUCCUCACCAUGCUCCUCUCCAUUGGCAUCUGGGUGACAUGGAUCACCUUGCUCCUGAUUUCUACCUUUGGCCCUGAGUGGGAUGAUACUGUCCUCAGCUCAGCCUUGGUUGCCAAUGGCUGGGUUUUCCUGUUGGCCUAUGCUGCACCUGAGUUUCAGCUGCUCACAAAGCAACGGAACCCCAUGGAUUACCCUGUGGAGGACACAUUUUGUAAACCUCAACUCAUGAGGCAGAGCUAUGGUGUAGAGAACAGAGCCUACUCUCAAGAGGAAAUCACUCAAGGUCUUGAAGAGCUAAGUGGUACACUCUAUGCUCCUUAUUCCACCCAUUUUCAGCUGCAGAAUCGAACCGCCCAAAGGGAUUUCUCCAUUCCACGGGCCCAGACUCGGACUAGCCCUUACAAUGACUAUGAAGGAAGGAAAGACGGCAGUUAGCUGUUCUGAAGAGCAGGACGAGCACAGCAAGUCAGCCCACCAGCGGGGAGUUCAAAGGGAUCUGGGCUGAAUCCCAAGUUGCCCAAGGAAACUGUACAGAACCUUUUGGAAAGAACUUGCCUUCCCUUCUGGAGUUGUUGGGGGCUAACAAGACUCCAGGUCCUAGCACUCUAGUGUUUUUCCUUUGUCCCGUACUUAGGAUACUUCUUUUAAAUGGGAGGGAGUCUCAGGCAACUCAGGGUGUGCCCAUUACUAUGCCCAGUCAUUCCACAAGUGACUAAAGCUCUGGUCAUCAGACCCCUUACUGGCUCAGUUCAUUUCAGGAGCUAGCUCUUCUGACUCAAGGCUGGUUUUGUGAGGAUCGCUUGGCCCAGAGCAGAUCUGCAGAUCUGAGCAAAAACAGCAAAGGCCUGUCCUUGCCAAUAUCUACACUGGAAGCCAACUUACUGGCACCCACACAUCUUGUCUGGGUAGGAGAGGCCAAAGGUCACCCACAUGUGGUGCUAGCACAGAGCCCUUGAGGGUCCCCAGCACCAAUUCACAGGUCACCAUUCCCAAACUUGCUGUCCAUCUCCAGAAAUACGCAACCCCCCCCCCCCAUAUGCAUUACCAGAAAUUCCUCUUCUAUAUCUCCCUAGCAGGGACAAGCCUGAUUUCCCUCUGCCAGGAGACAUUUGUGCACUGUUCUUGCCCUAAAUUCCUGGCACUGAUUCUUCUGUCAUCCCCUUGCUCCUCAGCUCCCGUAAAUAGCUUCACACCAUGUUCACCACCAGCAUUCUGUAAGUGGGCAUUGUCUACAAAUGGGGAGUGUUCCUUCUGUAAUAAGUUAUUCACCACACCUCACCUGGAGACACAAUAAAGAUGUGCUGGCAAGCUUUCUCUGUGGCAGAGGCAGGACGAGGGGAGGGCACUGAGCCCGAAGGAGAGAUGGCGGGCUCUUGUCUUCACAUGGAGCUGAAGACAAUGUUCAGUUCCACUGGGGGUGCACUUCCAUGAGUUUCUCCUUCUCUUCCUUUUGUCUAAAACACGUGUGUUUUCUCCAGUUGCUGAGAUGAGUGGCAAGGGGGCCGGGGGGAGCCAAGAAGGGCCACAGACUGAUGUUUUGCUACAGGACGGCAGAGUUGAGUGGCAAUUUUGGAAUGGAGUGUGGCAGGCCAAGUAGGCCGGGGAGGAGACCUCAAAGCCGGCUUCACAAUUCUCAGGAGGUUUAAUUGUAGGAGGGAAUACAUUCAGAUCCCUAUUUGACAGAAUUGGUUCAUAAUAUCCCUUGGGAAAGACCUAGUACCUAACAAUUAUUAUUUACUUAAUUCCAGAAACAGCUCGCGGGGCAGGGCAAUAGGAAACACUCUUUGGUGAAGGGGGGUAGAAUCCCCAGGUACAGAAACCAAAUGGCAUUGAAAAAUUUGUUGCUGAGUUAGGGAGUUACCUCCUAAGACACUCUACUUUUCAACAAAAGGAAAACCUGGUGUGGGAAGAAGAUUGAGGUGAGGCCAGAGGUGAACUGAAUGAGACUCUGAAUUUCCGUUCCACAAAGAUUUGGUUGUUUUUCACAUGGCUUUGCACUAACAUUGGUCUAGUUUUGUAUUGCAAACAGAAAUUACAAAUCAUGAUUUGGAUCCUUUUAGACCAUUCUAGUCUUUCUUAAGAGGCCAGUGAGGUUGUUGUGAGGGGAACACAAUAUAAUUUCGUGCAUAUCAUCUGUCACAGUGUAGGUAACUCAAGAAAUAAAUAUUCCCUUCCCUCUUUUCUUUCCUCCUCUGGUCUUUAGCCCACCGAUCAAGCAAAGGGGGCUGAGUGAAAGGUAAAGCCACAGAAUACCCUGGAUCUUCUUUCUUGUUAGGGAAGAGGAUCUGCCAGGCCUUUGUAUUCCCAUGACUGCAGUCUUCCUGUUAACCUCUUUGAAAACAGAAGAAAACAUGGAAGUGGCACCCAUUGCUGGCUUCUCUUCUAAGAAGUAUAGGGUUUGGACAAGGAGAUCAUCCCCUCACUGAACUCUUUAUCUUGCCAGGAGGUAGAUAAAUGCUUCUUCCCAUUCGAACAGCCUUGUCACCCCCACAGCUGCCACCCUGUCUUCAGGUCUUAUGUGUUCAGGACAUAAUCAAACUCUUCUGUUAGAAUAGGGACAUUGCAGGGACUGGAAGUUUUGGCACCUGAUGAGCUCUGAUAUUGGAGAAGAGGGUUUUGGAGAUUUCCCAUAGAUCUCCAUUUUCACUGGGCUGAAAUAGAAUGUGCAAAUUUAGCCCAGCCUGGUCCUUGAGUGAUGCCAGUUGAUUGAUGGCUGGGAACCAAAAUGGCAUCUCCUUUGAACUAAAUGGGUGAUAAUGAAAUGAAGCUCAACAACCUUCCCCUCAUCUUUCAUUGUCUGGUGGGAAAUAGGCUGUGUCUCCUUCCUCUCUGCCUGCCACUUCAGGCUGGGGCUGUUUGGCAGAUGCCAUACUCCAUGCUUCCACUUGAUGGCAGUAAAACCUCAGCGAUCACCCCCGGGGAGCCCUGCCUUUGCAAAGCAAACCUCUUAAAGCUGCUUUUUGGUAAAGGGCACCGGGUCAGACCUGCAGGCGUUCCAUGGGUUCAAGGCAAAAGUGUCGCAUUUAAAAAAGCCUGCAUGCUAGAGCUGUUCGUGUGCUCCCUCCCACCAUCAUCAGAAGCCCCAUCUCCUCUGCCAGACUUUCAUUGCCUGGUGUCUUGUUUUUCGUGAAAGUCUCCCAGGUAUUUGCAGCCUAUUUGCAGGCAAUCUGGCAUCUUUACAGACAACGGUCUCCAAUGCUGUUGUUAUUAAUGUCGACGGGUAUUUAUGUGGUGAGAACAUUUGCUUUCUGGCAGGAAAAGUGUGCCAAAACAAAGAGUACAGCCUGGCCCUGGAAAUGCAGCAGUAAAAUACACCCCCAGCCGCUCCCCCCUGCCCAUGCAUUCUGGGUUUCCUUCCUUCAUUUCUAGACUUGUCAUUAUUGCUGAGAACUGAACUGUGCCCAGCUGAUCUUUUCCUUCCUGGUCUGCUUCCUUCUGUUGCUAUCAGGGUUUGCAGAUUUGCCACCAUUCCAGCCCCCAUCUGAAACAUGGAAUUAUUUCAGAAGUGGAGGUGGAGGCGUUAGAAACAUCUUUCUCCAGUGCCAACUUUCUCCAGAUCCAAGAUCUGGGCAGUCAGCUUCUAGGUUGUACACUGUGGGCCUUUGCACGUUCUGUGGUCCAACCUGUGGUCAUAUUGUAGAAUCCCUUCCAUCUGGGCAGAUGAUGUUUUAUAGUCCCCCUUGGUUUCAGGAUGUACCAAGUAUGCAGAUGGGUCUGUGUGGCAGGGUAUCAAAGUGCCCUACCCUCAGUUCUGCAACUCCCAGAUUGCUAGAACUUUCUUGAUCCUUCAGAAUGGAACAAUCCAGUGCCCAAAAUGUUGGCAUUUGAGACGGUCACAGAGCUUCUUUGGUUGGUGCCUCAUGGCCUUUGUUUUGCAGAGGAAAGAACUCAGGCUUAAUGGAGUUAAUACAACUGGGGUCAAAUUUCUGGUUCUGUCUACUGCCAAUACCUAUGUGGUCAGUUUUAAAUGUUUUUUCCCCAAAGUGGGUGUUGGAGUCAAGAAUCAAAUAAAAUGACCAUGGUCACUCUA